AUGGACACAUAUGAAGGCCUUAUUGACAGUCCCAUGACGGGCAACUCCAGUGGCAUUGCAGACUAUCAGGUACCAGCAGCCUUCCCCCAGUUCCAAGAUGGCAGCAACAUGAACAACUCUUAUGGGAAUCUGUCAGGAUUGUCCGGCUCAUUUGCAGGCAGCCCGGCAGCUUCAGGCAGCGGCUUGAACAUGAGUAGUUACAGUCCGUCAGGAUCUCAGCAGCCUAACUAUGGAAACAUGUCAUCAGGUUCUGCCUCUUCCUUCUCCAUGCCAUAUGAUCCACCAUCCCUGCAGCAAGGAUCUGCUUCUCAUUUGCAGAUGGCACCCCAACCUUCACCUCAUGCAUCUCAUGGGGUCUCAAACAAACCCAUCCACUCCUGUAGUUAUUGUGGUCUUGUUCUGUCAUCUGCAAAUGCUUUAGUAGAACACAAACGUAUACAUACGGGGGACCGACCUUUUGCUUGUCAUAUCUGCAACAAGAGGUUUACUCAGAAAGCACACCUCAACAUACAUAAGAGGAUUCAUACGGGGGAGAAACCAUAUGCCUGUCACAUUUGCAACAAGCGAUUUGCACAGUCUUCUCAUCUAAGCAGUCAUAAACGUAUUCAUACAGGAGAGAAACCAUUUGUGUGCGAAAUCUGCCACAUUGGCUUUACCCAGAAGCAGCGUUUGGAUAAUCAUUUGAAGAAGCACCUGGACAGGGGUGUUAUAGAAGGGCUGGCCAGGUCAGGACAAAUUUUGGGGUCUGCAGGCCAAAUGGAACAGUUUAGACAAGGAUCAGUUCCUGGAGAUGAGAGUGCUUUCAUGCAGAUGAUAGGACAUGGGAUGCCAUACAUCAAACAGGAGGCAGGGAUGAUCAGGGACAGUGUUGCAGGCACUAACAGCCACAAUACCUCUAACCACAUCAGUUCCAGAGCAAGUGAAGGUGGGAUGGCUGGACUGCAUUCAGUUGAACAAGCCGGUAAAGGCUCAAACUAUCAUAUUGGAAGAAGCAAAAGGAUCAAAACUGAAUCUGAUAUAAAGGAAGAGAAUGACGACGACGAUGAUGAUGGGGAAAUGGCUGAGCACGAAGAAGGUCAGAAUAUUGCAGCUCCCAGUUUUUCCUCAGAGGGCAUGUUUCUUCACCCAUCUGGCUAUGUUGCUUAUGGAGGAGUAGAAGAUAGUGAGGAAUCAAAUGACCAAAGUCCAGGAUCCAACCCUGCGGAACCUUUAAACCAGCAAGGAAGUGGAACUGCAGGGUCAGGGCAUAGACGUAAACCUACUGUUGUUAGAAAACGUUACAGUGAAUCACCCGCGAAGGAGAUUUCUGUUGUUGCAAGCAAUGCUGUCAGCAGCUUCCAGCAGUUCACUCCAUUGCAGAGUGUGAUGAACCAUGGCAAUGACAAUUCUGAUGCGGACUUGGAUGAAUCAGGUGCCGAAGACUUCCACGACACCGGAGAAACUCUCGACGACAAAAACGACCCGCCUUACCAUGGAAAUCUGUCCACGAAAACGGGUUUAACACCUCGUCAUUCCACACCACUCGGUGCUAACGGCGUUGUUGAGACAAGAUCUCAUAGUCGUAGAAAUGUGAGUCAACCUUUGAACCGACCUAGCCAUGAACUGCUAAAUGGGGAUAAAAUGAAUCCAGGGGCCCAGAAAGGGGGCCUGACAUUUACACAUAAUAACUCCUCCAACAGUGGACUUGUGAAGAUUUAUAAUAGGAUAUCACUGAUAAACUUCACAGCUGAGGAGCUAAUCACCCAUCUAAUGAAACGAGAUGACGUCCAUAAGUGUCAGUUUUGCUGUCUUAUCUUUCAGGACGCAGCUAUGUAUCAUAUUCAUCGCAACAUGCACGAUAAAGCGGACAUUCGCAGAUGCAACAUGUGUGGCAAACUUCUUCAGGAUAAAUAUGACUUCACUGCUCACUUCUUAAAUAUGCAUCAGAAUUAA